UCCAAUGCAUGAUGUACAUCAGAGUGCCUUUUCUAACAAUUGCUUCUUUUACAGACGACAAAUGGCUCCACAUCUGCUACACGGGACGAUUCAUGCUACCAUUUUUGAGGUCGAUAGGUUACAUAAUGGAUGGGAUCUUAGAGUUUGUUUCAAGCCAACAAGUCGAGGAAAAGGGAAAAAGUUUUUAGCUCAAGUGAAGAGAAUGGUACUUUGUAGCCCCGAGAUUGUGGGCUCUAAACUCUAUGCAACAGUCGACCUAGAAAAGGCAAGAGCUGCAAGGACCAGGAUAAUCGAGAACGAAGCAUCCAAUCCUCGUUGGUUCGAGUCUUUUCACAUAUACUGCGCACAUAACGUGUCAAACAUUAUAUUCACAGUCAAAGACGAGAAUCCCGUGGGUGCAAUUCUGAUUGGACGGGCUUACCUUCCUGUCGAGGAGGUCGUCAACGAGUUCGAAGUGGACCGAUGGCUUGAAAUAUUAGACGAAGAUCAUAACCCAAUACAAGGACCUUCGAGGAUUCAUGUAAAGGUGAAAUAUGUUAGUGUCGCGAGAGAUAGCCAUUGGUCACAAGGUAUUAAAAGUUCUACAUUUGGAGGAAUACCCUACACCUUUUUUAGGCAAAGAGAAGGUUGUGAUGUAACUUUGUACCCCGAUGCACAUAUACUAGAUGAUAACAUUACAUCUUACUUAGAAUCUGAAGGGUAUUACGAGCCCCAAAGAUGUUGGGAGGAUAUUUUUGAUGCGAUUAGUAAUGCCAAACAUUUGAUUUAUAUAACCGGGUGGUCCGUGUACACAAAAAUCUUGUUGGUUCGCGAUCCGAGUAGGCCGAAACCGGGUGGAGACAUCACGUUAGGUGAGUUAUUGAAGAGAAAAGCCGAGGAUGGGGUAAAUGUAUUGAUGCUUGUUUGGGAUGAUAGAACUUCGGUUGAGGCUCUGAAAAAAGAUGGAUUAAUGGCGACACAUGAUCAAGAAACGGGAGACUUUUUUCGUGACACUAAGGUUCAUUGUGUAUUAUGCCCUCGUGAACCCGAUGACAAGAAUAGUUAUGUUCAAGGGAUUCAAGUCGCGACCAUGUUUACUCAUCAUCAGAAAACCAUCAUUGUAGAUAGCGACAUUCCCGGGGAAGCGUCAGGAAUGAGGCGGAUUGUAGGGUUUGUUGGCGGUAUUGAUCUUUGUGACGGUCGGUAUGAUUCUCGGAAUCACUCAUUAUUUCGGACACUAAAAGACAUACAUCAUGACGAUUUCCACCAACCGAAUUUCUCGGGAGCCUCGAUUGCAAAAGGUGGGCCGAGGGAACCAUGGCAUGACAUACACUGCAAACUUGAAGGUCCGAUCGCGUGGGAUGUGUUGUAUAAUUUCGAACAAAGAUGGAUUAAACAAGUUGGAAGCCAAUUUCUUUUUACAUUACCUGAACUUGACGAGUUCAUAACUCACCCCGCCCCAGUCCGUCCAUCUGAAGACCAGUACACAUGGAAUGUCCAAUUGUUCCGGUCGAUCGACGAUGGUGCAGUGUCAGGGUUCCCACAAAAACCCGAGGAAGCAUCUAUGGCGGGCCUAAUUACCGGUAAAGAUAAUGUGAUUGAUCGUAGCAUUCAAGAUGCGUAUAUUAACGCGAUACGUCGUGCUAAAAACUUCAUCUAUAUCGAAAACCAAUAUUUUUUGGGGAGCUCGUAUGGUUGGAAACCAAGCAAUGAGUUCAAAAUUGAGGACAUCGGGGCUUUACAUCUCAUACCAAAGGAGCUUUCACUUAAAAUCAUUAGUAAAAUUAGGGCAAAUGAGAGGUUUGCCGUGUACAUAGUGAUCCCAAUGUGGCCUGAAGGGAUCCCAGAAAGCGGAUCCGUUCAAGCCAUAUUAGACUGGCAAAGAAGAACAAUAGAAAUGAUGUAUAAAGACAUCGCCAGUGAACUUCUAGCAAGAAAUAUUCAAACGGAUCCUAGGGAUUACUUGACAUUCUUUUGCCUCGGCAACCGUGAGAUGAAAACGUCCGGCGAGUAUGAACCGGUGGAGAAGCCCGAACCGGAUUCCGAUUAUAGUAGAGCGCAAGAAUCUCGACGGUUUAUGAUCUAUGUUCAUGCAAAAAUGAUGAUCGUUGAUGACGAAUAUAUAAUUAUUGGUUCGGCUAACAUCAAUCAAAGAUCAAUGGACGGGGCUAGGGACACUGAGAUUGCGAUCGGUGGCUACCAACCGAAUCAAAUAGGCACACAGUGGCCAGCUAGGGGUGCGAUCUAUGGCUUUCGAAUGGCAUUGUGGUUAGAACAUCUUUAUUACAUAGAUGACUCGUUUCGCCAUCCAGAAAGCUUGGAAUGCAUUCGGAAAGUAAAUGGAAUUGCGGAUGAGAAUUGGAAUUUGUAUUCCAGUCCAGAGAUAGUUCAAGAUCUUCCAGGCCAUUUACUUCGGUAUCCGUUGGCUAUCUCGGAAGCCGGAGAUGUUGCGGCUUUACCAGAGUUCGAGUUCUUCCCGGACACCAAAGCACGUGUACUGGGGACGAGAUCCGUGGGUCUUCCUCCUAUUCUUACCACUUGAAGUGGCUCGCUGUAACAAACAUAUUUGCGAUUUAUGGAAACUUAGAUAUGAUUUAUGAUGAAUUUGAACGUUUAUCCCUUUAAUUUGUACUUUUCAUUACUAAUCUAUACUUCUUAUCACCUUAA